AUGUUAGCCAGUUCUCUCAAACAAAUGAGUGGCUCUUUGAAACGCACGUCCAUUAAACGCACUAUAUCUGGGUCGCAGAAGGCACACAAAGCUUGGAUUGAGAAAAACUUUCAGAAGCGUGAAUGUGUAUUUAUAAUUCCCAACACCAAAGAACCACACAGGUGCUGCUGUGGUCAGCUGGUCAGUCAACAUGUCACCAGGCCCCAACAGAUUCCAUCCAGCACUACCACCGAGGAUGAGAAACCACCGGUUCAGGCUGAGAAAUGGUCGCCCAGCAAACACACGGAGGCCGCGCCCACCGAUGCCUUUGGGGUGAUGGAGUUGCAGGGUGGUGGUCACACCAGCAGAGCCAUGUAUAUCCGUGUAUCAUACGACACAAGGCCCGAUCUCCUGCUCCACCUCAUGACCACAGAGUGGGAGCUGGAGCUGCCCAAGCUGCUUAUCUCCAUCCACGGUGGCCUUCAGAACUUUGAGCUGCAGCCCAAGCUGAAACAGGUGUUUGGAAAGGGCCUGAUCAAAGCCGCAAUGACCACGAGCGCCUGGAUAUUCACUGCCGGAGUCAACACAGGUGUCAUCCGUCACGUGGGAGAUGCCUUGAAAGACCAUUCAUCCAAAUCUCGGGGAAGGAUCUGUGUGAUUGGAUUUGCUCCUUGGGGAAUCAUCGAAAACAGGAUGGAUUUAAUUGGGAAAGACGUCACCAGACCUUACCAAACGAUGUCGAGCCCCCUGAGCAAGCUGACGGUGUUGAGCAGCACGCACUCGCACUUCAUCCUCGCCGACAACGGCACGCUGGGAAAGUACGGCGCCGAGAUCCGGCUUCGCCGCCAGCUGGAGAAACAUGUCUCCCUGCAGAAGAUCAACGCAUGUCUGGGUCAAAGAGUGCCGGUGGUUUGCUUGGUGGUGGAAGGUGGUCCCAAUGUGAUCUCAAUGGUGCUGGAGAGCAUGCGUGCGGAGCCGCCCGUCCCCGUGGUGGUCUGUGAUGGCAGUGGCCGAGCCUCCGACAUCCUGGCAUUUGCACACAAGUACUCAGCAGAUGGAGGGAUAAUCAGCGAGUCUGUGCGGGAUCAACUUAUGGUGACGGUGCAGAAAACCUUCAACUACAGCCGGCAGCAGGCUCAGCAGCUCUUCCUCGUUGUCAUGGAGUGCAUGAAGAAGAAAGAGUUGAUAACCGUGUUCCGAAUGGGCUCGGAGGGGCAGCAGGAUAUCGAUCUUGCAAUCCUGACGGCGUUGCUGAAAGGUACAAAUGCAUCGGCUCCUGACCAGCUCAGUCUGGCCAUGGCGUGGAACAGGGUGGACAUUGCCCGCAAUCACAUCUUUGUCUUUGGAAACUACGGGCCGCCGGGGACCAGCACUUCCGAACCCAUCACUCGACAAUCAACAAAGUUGGUGAGACAGCGGGUGAACAAAGGCAAAGGGAGAAAGAAGAGUAAAGAGGUGAAGGUGGAGACUGAUCCACGCAAACUGGAGCUGCUGAACUGGGUACACUCGCUGGAACAAGCCAUGAUAGACGCGCUGGUGUUAGACCGUGUUGACUUUGUGAAGCUGCUGAUCGAAAAUGGAGUAAAUAUCCACAACUUCCUGACCAUCCCACGGCUGGAAGAGUUGUACAACACUAGACUCGGACCCCCGAACACUCUGCACUACCUGGUGAGGGACGUGAAGAAGGGGAACCUGCCCCCUGAUUACCACAUCAGUUUGAUCGACAUCGGCUUGGUCAUUGAGUACCUGAUGGGAGGAGCCUAUCGCUGUGCUUACACUCGCAAAUCCUUCCGAACUCUCUACAAUAAUUUAUUCGGACCAAAGAGGCCAAAAGCUCUGAAACUUCUGGGAAUGGAGGAUGAUGACCCGCCCUCCAAAUCCAAGUGGAAGAAGAAGAAGAAGAAGAAGAAGGAGGAGGAGGUAGACAUUGAUGAGGACAACCCUGCCCUUGGCCGCUUCGCCUUCCCCUACCACGAGCUGCUGGUGUGGGCGGUGCUGAUGAAACGCCAGCGUCUGGCCCUCUUCUUCUGGCAGCAGGGAGAGGAGGCCCUGGCCAAAGCCCUGGUGGCCUGCAAACUCUACAAGGCCAUGUCCAACGAGUGUUCUGCCAGCGAGCUCGUGGACGACAUCUCUCAGGAUCUCGAAAACAAUUCCAGGGACUUUGGGCAGCUUGCUGUUGAUCUGCUGGAUCAUUCAUACAAGCAUGAUGAGCAGGUGGCCAUGAAACUGCUGACAUAUGAGCUGAAGAACUGGAGCGACUCGACCUGCCUGAAGCUGGCAGUGACAGCCAAGCACCGGGACUUCAUCGCCCACACCUGCAGCCAGAUGUUGUUGACUGACAUGUGGAUGGGACGACUUCAUGUCCGCAAGAACCCGGGCCUCAAGAUUAUGCUAGGAAUAAUAUUCCCACCCACCAUUCUCCUCCUGGAUUUUAAAAGCAGCGACGAGUUGUCGUACGAAGCAACGGGAGACAACGAGCCUGGGAAGGAGAAGGAGGAGGAAAACGAGGCAAACGCGGAAGCGGUUUCCAGAAAAGGGGAUGAAGAAGAUGGAGUGGAAAAUCACCGCAGUAUCCCGAUUGGAAGGAAGAUUUACGAGUUUUACAACGCACCCAUUGUUAAAUUCUGGUUCCACACGAUGGCCUACCUCGCCUACCUGUUCCUCUACAACUACGUCAUUCUGGUGAAGAUGGAGGGUUUGCCCUCGAUUUCAGAGUGGAUUCUCAUCUCCUACAUCUUAAUGCUCGCCAUUGAGAAAAUCCGAGAGAUCCUCAUGUCAGAGCCAAGCAAGCUGCGACAGAAGGUGAAGGUGUGGAUGCAGGAGUACUGGAAUGUCACUGACAUGGUGGCCAUCAGCAUCUUCGGCUGUGGCCUGUUGCUGCGGCUCCAGCAGGAACCCUACAUGAGCUACGGACGGGUAAUCUACUGCGUGGACAUCAUCAUCUGGUAUAUCCGUGUGCUGGACAUCUUCGGGGUCAACAAGUACCUGGGACCAUACGUGAUGAUGAUCGGCAAGAUGAUGGUGGACAUGCUGUACUUUGUAGUCAUUAUGCUGGUGGUGCUGAUGAGCUUUGGAGUAUCAAGACAGGCCAUUCUGCAUCCCAACGAGGAGCCCUCCUGGAGAUUAGCCCGCAACAUUUUCUACAUGCCCUACUGGAUGAUCUACGGAGAGGUGUUUGCCGAUCAGCUUGACCUCUAUGCCAUGGAGAUUAACCCUCCGUGCGGGGAGAACCUGUUUGAUGACGAUGGGAAGCGGCUGCCUCCCUGCAUCCCAGGGGCCUGGAUGAUUCCCGCCAUCAUGGCCUGCUACCUCCUUGUCGCCAACAUCCUGCUCGUCAACCUUCUCAUCGCUGUCUUUAACAACACUUUCCUGGAGGUGAUUUCCAUCUCUAACCAGGUGUGGAAGUUCCAGCGUUACCAGCUGAUCCUUACCUUCCAUGAGAGGCCCGUGUUCCCUCCACCGAUCAUUGUCUUCAGUUAUCUGUCCAUGAUUCUCCGCAGCUGCUACCGCAGGAAGACCCAGAAGGUGGAGGAACGAGAUCGCGGGCUAAAACUGAUCCUCAGUGAAGAGGAAUUGAAGAAACUGCAUGAGUUUGAGGAGCAGCGUGUGGAGCAAUACUUCACACAGAAGGAGGGGCAGGAACAGUCAUCAAACCAUGAGCGGAUCCGGAUCACUGCUGAGAGGGUGGAGAACAUGGCGAUGCGUUUGGAGGAGGUGAAUGAGAGGGAACACUUCAUGAAGGCCUCUCUCCAGACGGUGGACCUUCGUCUGGCCCAGUUGGAGGAGUACAGUGGCCGCAUGGUCAAUGCGAUGGAGAAGUUGGCGGGCAUUGACGAAUCGGAUCUGGCCCAAAGCUACUCACGGUGCCCCUCAGAAUGUGAGGCCUCCUACCUCAUCAGGCAGAACAGCACGGAGGCAGCAAGCAUGUAUCGCUUCCACAUGGAUGGGGAUGAGGGCAAUGAGGACAAUGUGGGCCUCACGUCUCCUUCCAUGGGGUCUCACAGGAAGGUGCUGAGACACGACCAGCAGCUGGUGGACCAGGGGAGGAACGUGACCCCUAGACGCCGGUUUGGUCUUCACCAAUCGUCCAGCUCCCGCCGGCCGAGGGAAGAAUACCGACUGCUGGGGGUCAGCCAGGACCCUCGAUGCUUCAGCUCCUGUGUGGACAUCUUUGUGUCCUCUACCGAGGCUUGGCACACUCCACCGAAAACCCAAGAGGGAGCGGGUUCUCCAAGGUUCCUGCCGUCUCUUCAGGCCGACUAUGGAGGAGCUGUAACUAAGUCUGUGUCGGUAGCACGAGCAAAGCUGGAGACCCGUCUCUCAUUUCCCCUGGAGAGGUCCAGGACGACUAGCUGCUUUCUCCCACUUGUGCCUGGCUCAUCCCAUACACCAAUGGGGAAGGCCAGAAGUGCUGUAUUCGGCCCAGAAGGUCUGGUGACAGGCAAAGAAGAAAGCUCUGACUAUGACUGUGUUGUGGAUUAUGUCCCUUCUGUAAACGACCCUCCAUGGCCUCCGUAUGGAAACAUGCUUCAUAAGAACAUGCCUGAAGAACUGGUAAUGGUUGAAGCUUCUCGCCAAACGUUGAUGUCGUCUCCAGCGGUGAUGUGUGAUCAACGGCAUCAGCUGGCAGGGGUUGAGGAUCACGCUGAUGGUGGCACUUCCGAUAUCUCCAAACUCAGAGCACAGGUGCCGAGAACAUUCCAAAAGUCUGAAAACUUUCUAACAGUUGCACCGGAUAGAUUUACCUCCCCAAGGUCAAAGAGUCUUCACGGACACGACAGGAAAGCCAUGCUGGUGGUGGGAGAAAGCUUUGAUAGACCCAAGCAGGCCUUCAGCACCGAGGAUCUGCGUCAGGGCUGGGAGGAGUCGAGUGGUCAAGCAGCAGAUCUGGAGGAGAACGCCACAGAGACUCCUUGCUAAUCAGACCCCCCAGCCUCAACCCCCCCAGAUCCCAAUUGUAGUUCACCACCCUCGCCAAAGGUCAGAGGCACUGGAGGCUACCUCCUUCACAACCUCACUCCUCUUUCUGCCCCACACCUAGCAAGGACAUGCUAGCAACUUCCUAGGAGUGACCAUUCAAGAGUGAGCUUGGACGGUGAACAUUCUCCCAUGGGAUGUGCGUUUCUGGAAAGGCAGCCUUUGUUGCCCAUCCUGACAGCAUUGAGAAGGUGAUGAUGAGACUCUUCCUGAACCAGCAUAGUCCUACUGGUGUAGAUGUUUCCACAGCUCUGUUGGACUAGGGAUGAUAGAGGAAUGCCAAUGUACUUUUGUUUGGCAGCCUGCAGCUAAGGGGAUUCUCUUGCGGCUGGGUGAUGAAGGUUGAUCGUUGGAAGGUGUUGUCCCUAGCCGACAUGAGGAAUUAUGCAGCACUUUGAAGAUAGUGAGCCCUGCAUCCAUGGUGUUGGAUGGGAUGUACAUCUAUGGAGGUUGUGUCCUGCAUGGAGGAGCUGCAGAAAAGGGAAUUAUUCUACCUCUUUUCAUUCCUUCAGGCAGAUAGUCAGCUGACAAUUGCAGUGACACGUUCUCGUAGCUUAUCCACUCAUUCUAUCUCCUGCUGGAACCUAUGUCAGCCUUGGUUCCAUUCACUGCUUCAGAGGCUGCCCUACAUUCUGAAGCUCUGCACUGUCAAUACAUUGCUGUGUGGGCUUAGAAUGCCCUAGUAAUUUCCCACAAUGUGCUAUAUUGUUUAAAGUUCUCCUUUAUUGUGUUUGUGAAUCAGUCAACACCUAAAAGUCGCUUAUUUUCUUGUUUAGACAGUAUGUGAAAUUUUCAUAGGAAUCAGUAGUAAUAAAAUUGUCUCUUUCGACUAAAUUAUCUGUACUUCAUUGAACUACCCACCAUGUGUAUACUUGGGAUUGAUUAGGAUUUCUUCUUGUACUCCCCUGUGUAAGAUCCUGCAGUAGGCUGUUCCCAGCGAUAACUGUCUGGGUGUUGUAAAUGAGCUGAGACAUAUUGGCAUCGUGCCACUUCCUGCAGAUGUUCCAAAGUGCUGCACAGCCGGAGGGUGGGUUGCAUUGAGUAAUUAGCCAG